AGUGCACGUACAAUAUCAGUGACUUAUCCCGGCCAUCAGAAACAUUUAAGCUGAACAUUUUUCAGAAAGUAUCCAAUGCUAGCUUCCUUCAAUUAGUCUUGGCCUGUGUUCAUUGAUAAUCUUCAUCGUACCCUUGGUUCGCCCUUUCCAUUAUAGACAUCCACCCCAGUUCUUUUCUCUUCUCCCUGGGCUUUAUAAGGGAAUAGUAAAAAGAGAAAAGUCCGCACCUUGUAGACAUUUCAAGCCUUUGCCAUCACAAAUAUGUAUUAGCUUUGAGGGAGAAUUAGGUGACUAACUGCCGAACAAGUUCACAGAAAAAACACGCAAAAAAAGUAACAUAUCGAAUUGUUUAUUAUGGAGGGAGAAAAAGAAAUGAACAACUUAUGUCCAGCAAAGGAGGACAUGCCCAUCUCAAGAAACGGCGGUUAUGCAAGAGAAAAUUGCCACAUCAUCACUUCAGCAGCAUCCCAACUAUCCUACAAUGAACCUACGGGUGCCCCUUCGAGCCUGCAGCUGCAGGAUCAAAGGCGAUACAAGAAAGUGGUGAGGUACAAGGAAUGCCUCAAGAACCAUGCAGCGGCUAUAGGUGGGAAUGCAACAGAUGGGUGUGGUGAGUUCAUGCCAAGUGGUGAACAAGGCACCCUCGAGGCCCUAAAGUGCUCAGCCUGCAGUUGCCACAGAAACUUUCACAGGAAAGAGAUAGAAGGCGAGUGCUUAUACGAUUUUUAUCACUCUUCUAUCCACGGAAAUUCUGGGAGCAAAAUCAUUUUGGGCCAUCACAAUGGGAUAAAUGGAUCACCACAAGGGUGUCCUAACUCCUUCCUUUCCUCAAGGGUCCCACCGACUCACCAGAUGAUAGUCUCCUAUAGAAGUGGUUCUGUCCCUUCAGAAUCUGAUGAGAAGGAUGAUGAUGAUAAUGGAGAUGGAGCAGCGGCAAUUAGGUCAGUUGAGAAGCCGAGAAAGCGGUUCAGGACCAAGUUCACAGAAGAACAAAAGCAAAAGAUGCUCAGCUUUGCGGAGAAGGCUGGAUGGAAAAUGCAGAAGCUAGAAGAAUCUGCUGUGCAGCGAUUUUGCCAAGACAUUGGAAUUAAGAGAAGGGUUCUCAAAGUGUGGAUGCACAACAACAAGCACAACAUUGCCAAGAAAAACCCAUCAACUAGCCAGUUAGAAGUUGAGCAGUCUCAUUAAUGUUACUUUAUGAUUUAUGGUUCUACAUACGUGAAUUUGACUUUAAGCAUUCCCUUCUUCUUAUUGUGUUUGAUCCAUUACUCAAAGACUCUAGAUUUCUGGUUUGGAUGUUUCAGACAUUUGAGAAACUGCAAAUAUCCAUGAUUAUGCAGUCUAGAAAAGUUUGUUACUUUUUUCUCCUGAAAAAACUAGUUCAACACGGGAAAAGCUCUUAGCUGCACUGAUGCUGAAUUGUUGUGGUCUUUUCUAUUUACGAGCGAAUCAAAUAAAGAUGCUAUAUAUUGCUGAAAGUAGUUGAUUACAGAAA